UGGUUUACGGAAUCAUAGGAAUUUAGAACAUCACACAUUUUGUGUGUGUCUUCUUUCUGUCACGUCUGAACAUGUCCGCUACUCAAGUCUCUGGUAUCUCGGAUAUCCAUCACCAUCCAACCAGCGUAGCAGAAACCCUCUCUGUAACAACAAGCGAGACGGUUGUUCCUUCUAUGGUACAACAUGUUGGAGGCGUUUCUCUGAGUAAUGAAGUAACUGUCAAUCCCAUUUCUUUACAACAACCUGUACCUCUCACCGUCAACGUGACAGUACCUGGUGACCAGGCACAUCAUUCACUAACACCUGUCGGCACAUCUUUGGAUACCCACUCUUCUAUUACAGGUUCCAUAGCCGAUCGUACUUCAACAGCACUUCUAAACAUUGCAUCGAAUUCGCUCAACCUCACCGAGAUAUUGAAUGCGCAGCAACAAGCUUUGGAGCAGUUUCAAUGUCAACUACAGCUAGCCCAACAGACGGAAGCGAUCAACCAACGUCUUGAUACUAUCGAGAGGACUCUGAAUAGUCUCAUUCACCAGAAAGCGCACGAAGAUGCCGUGAAGAAUCAAGUGCAGAUACACACACCACAGACGCAUAUGGUACAGCUGGAUGCGUUGGCCGCGGUUACACCGGUACUUACACCAGUACGUCCGUCACAGCAGCUGCAGUUGACCACUCCGGACAAGAUGGAUUCACUUUCGGAUCACUCUAUGCUCAGCGAUGGAAGGAAGAAGAAACUACCACGGGAGCUAUGUAGCAAAGUUCGCUCCACCUAUCACUCUAUGAACCUGGAGUUCAAAAUAGACGAGAGGUUUCUGAGCCCAGCCAACCAGCGAGUCACUGACUCUCUCAUUGACACUGUCUUUACUGACACCAAUGGAGCCUACAGUGCUAAGGACAUCAAGCGCUCUGUGCACCGUUACUAUGAGUCUCGAAGACGACUAGGGAUUGAGGAACUUCCUGACAGACAGGGAAAGGCGGCGGAACAGAAGAGAAGGAGAAAGCAUCGUGCUAGACAGCAGAGAUCCUUUGACAGGCGUAGGAAGUUUGUUCGGGACACUGAGAGUCAGUACUGGUCGUUUGUAUCCCCCGCCUGUAUGACAGAGGAGUCAGACUCGGAACAAGGGGAGAAGAUUGUCACUCACCAACUGCUUUGGAGAUCAGAGUUUAUGAACCAGUUUGUUCAAAAGCUGGACAGUCGCUAUGAUAAGUCCAAGAAGCCAGGCACUGGGACCACAGUCAAGCGAACCAGAGUAGCAGGUCUCUCCUCCACCUCUCAGCCUCCCCCUAGCCUUCCCCAGUGGAUGAUUGACCCCACCUAUAAGAUCCCCGCCCCCCUACCAGGAGUGUGUAUGAGUGACCCCACUCUGGACAGCCAUUCCAUGGACAGCCAUUCCACUCCCUCUGUGGCUGACGAUGUGACAACGUACACCACCCUCAUUGCUGACGUUCAAGAGGUCCACGAAGAGUCCAGUGACUUUGAACUGCCGGAGACUGUCGUAGCUUAAACUUAGCGCUGGUUGAUAUCCGUGUAGACAAACUGGAUCUCUGCAAUGUCACGCUGUUGUAUUAGUAGUCACUUUGUUUGUUGUAUGCCACUUUUGGAUACGUUUAAUUUUUGCUGUAUGUUCUAUUUUAUUCCAUUACUGUUGUUGUAUGUGCAAAAUAAUUAAUGCAUACAUGUACUCAUCGAUUUUUAGUGAUAGUUCACUUUGUUACUAUA